AUGCCUCGAGUGCGACUCAUGGCGAAAAAGAAGCAGAAGACCCAGAAGUCCGAGCAGGCCCGGGCGCCGUCACCACGGGCGAAGAAACCGCUGGUGCUCCCGAGAGUCUCGAAGAAGGCCAACCUGAGGAUCAAGGAGCUCGACGGGCUGGACGCGUUCACGGUGGAUGGCGUCCUCACCCGCGAGGAGUGCAAGCUCUUCGUCGACGCCGCCACCGCGGCCGGCUGGCAGUGGCAGGGCAGCGGGGGCGCUGCCGCCGGCGAAGCGUUCCGGGACAACGAGCGCGUGCAGUCGGACGACCCGGACUUCGCGGCGGCCUUCUGGCGGGCGUCGGGGCUGCAGGAGCUGUUUCAGGAGCUGGACCUGACGGUGGACGGAAUGACCGCGUGCGGGCUCAAUCCCAACAUCCGCCUGUAUCGCUACAGCAAGGGACAGCGGUUCGGGAAGCACGUGGACGGCAGCUACGAGCUCGGGCAGGGGCGACGAACGGUGUACACGCUCCUGGUGUACCUCAGCGGCGGGGAGUCUCUCAAGGGCGGCGAGACGGCCUUCUUCAAGGGCGAGCGGAAGUCCAGGCUGGCGUUUGCGGUGCACCCGGAGCCCGGGAUGGCGCUGCUGCACGCGCACGGCGACCGGUGCCUCGAGCACGAGGGCGCGCCCGUGGCCGCGGGCGUCAAGUACGUGCUGCGGUCCGAUGUGGUGUUCCAGGACAGCUAG